AGGGAGGCCAAAUGGCAGGACCAGCCUCUCUCAGGAGGGUCGGAGGCAUUCCACAGGUCUGGUGUUCAGGAUCACACACACAAACAGGACAACACACACACAGGACAACACAUGCAUGCGAACACGCACACUCAGAACUACACGGUGCCAGAGAAUCACAGAUACGGAGAAAGAGAGGGAGGAUGGGAGAAAAGAGUAAAGAGAGAGGAGUAGAGAGAGGGAGAGGAAGGGAAAGAGAAGAGUAGAGAGAGGGAGAGGAAGGGAAAGAGAGAGGAGUAGAGCGAGGAAGGGAAAGAGAGAGAAGAGUAAAGAGAGAGGAGUAGAGAGAGGGAGAGGAAGGGAAAGAGAAGAGUAGAGAGAGGGAGAGGAAGGGAGAGAGAGAGAAGAGUAAAGAGAGAGGAGUAGAGCGAGGGAGAGGAAGGGAGAGCGAGAGAAGUGUAGAGAGAGGGAGAGGAAGGGAGAGAGAGAAGAGUAGAGCGAGGGAGAGGAAGGGAAAGAGAGAGAAGAGUAGAGAGGAAGGGAGAGUGAGAGGAAGGGAGAGAGAGAGGAAGGGGGAGAGAGAAGAGUAGAGAGAGUGAGAGGAAGGGAGAGAGAGAGAGGAAGAGUGGAGAGGAAGGGGAGAGAGAGAGAAAGAGUAGAGCACCUCAGUCUGCUGCAGGGAGAGACCAUGGGGGCUCUGACAGGGCUUCUCUCUGCACUAGUCGCUCUGCUAUGGACCCUCCCUCCAGGUCAGUCAGUCUGUCUACCAUGUCAACUGGUUUAGAUUUCUUCUAUUGGAUCUCUUCUUUCUGUUUGGUUGGUAAAAAGGACUUUUGAGAUCAAUGGGAACUCCUCAUGGCAUCAGACUGUCUUUAUGUUGAUCUCUGUUCUGUCUCCAGGGUCAUUGGGUGAGGAAUGCAGGAGUUUCAGACACGUGGAGAAUGGUAGAACAUUCUUCCGUUACAGCGGGCUGUAUGUAGCGUUCACCUGUAACCCUGGCUAUAAGAUCCAUGGAUAUAGAACCAACAGCUGUGUGUCUGGACAGUGGACCAGGGAACCUCCCGUGUGUGUUGCCUCUGGGUGUCUCAGCCCAGGGGAUCUCCUGCAGGGGGUUACCAGUGUGACAGAGGACGGGUCCUGGGCUCUCUUCAGCUGUGAUGCUGGCUACAGGCUCUAUGGACACUCACUGCUCUACUGCAAGGGCCAGAACUGGAACGGCACCAAGCCUGUCUGCAAGGAGUCUGAUAUGAUGAGGUCAUGGAAGCAGAAAGAGCCCACCGUCCCGAUGCCCAGGAUCCAGAGCCAGAACCUUGCCGUGCUGUCUGCUCUGAAGAACCAUCUACAGCUUCACUACAAUACCAUCGCUAACACCGCCUCCAAGCCCGUGUUGCUGGCCAACGCACCACCUAAAGACCCCCACACCCACCUAAAAGACCCACACUCCAUAGACCGCAGCCCCAAAGCUCACCAUGUGGAGGAUAAUUUGAAAGACACCAGGGAUCUAACAGACAGAGAAGGGGCCCCUGAGAAGCCCACUAGACCUCAGGCCUCCACAUCCUCCUCUGCUACUACAGAGACCAUUACUUCCACAUCCAGCCUGCUGGUCGCUGAAGGGUAUUGGCACCAGGGGACCUUCAUAGCCCAGGCUAUGCAGGAGGAUUCAUUACCCAGGAAGGGGGUGCUGACAGGGGCCACCCAGUUGGAGCCUGGCCAGGGCGUUACGGAGCCAGCAGAUGUGAGCAGCACAGACACACAGGAGCCCCGUCCUCAGAGACCCACUGAGACCAGCUCCACAAGCUUCAUCAACUCCAGCAACACCACCAGCCACUGGGUCAAUGGAACAGACACGUUUGGUCAUCACAUCCAAGUGAAGGAGACUGCAUCAUUAUCUGAUGAUGAUGAUGGUGGUGGUGAAACUCAUCGACGCAAUGUGACCUCUCCGGAUCGGGCAUCAAACGGGUCACAGGACAAUGAAACCGACACAAGUGACAGUCAUCACAGUCAGGCCAACGAGACGUCAUCGUCGCCAUUGUCCGGCGAUGAUGGUGAAACUUCUGGACACAAUGGGACCUCAUCGUAUCUGUCUUUAAACAGGUCAGACCAGCAUCUUAUUAAGGGUGCUACAAACACAGAGGAGCUGCCCAGGCCUGUGACCCUAAACAGGCGUCCGCUGUGCCCUUACCCUCCCCUGCCAGCUUCAACCCCGGUCCCCGGGACUACAAACACAGAGGAGCUGCCCAGGCCUGUGACCCUAAACAGGCGUCCGCUGUGCCCUUACCCUCCCCUGCCAGCUCAUGGCACCUUCUAUUUCCGUCCGGUAGACAACCCCGGUCCCCGGGACUACAAACACUACAUCCAGUACGCCUGCUAUGCAGGGUACACCCUGGCCCACGGGGAUAUCCACAGCUACUGUCUGCAGGCUGGACGGUGGAGUGGUCUCACCCCGGUCUGCUUGGAGGUGACCCCCUGCGCCCUGAACAACGGAGGCUGUUCCCAGCUGUGUAGUGUGAACCAGGAACAAGCUCAGUGUCACUGCACACCAGGCUUCAUCCUGUUAGAGGAUCACCGUACCUGUAGAGAUGUGGAUGAGUGUGUGGAGGGCCAGCAGCAACAGCGCUGCCAGCAGACCUGCGUCAACACCUUCGGCUCGUUCCGCUGCUCUUGCCCCUACGGACACACCCUGGCCGGGGACGGAAGGGCCUGUGUGGCUGAGUGUCCCGCAGGGUACAGGAAACAACCCUCAACCCCGAUACCUGGAGGAAACCUGUCCAGAAAGGAGUGUGUAGACAUCAAUGAAUGUGAGGAGCCAGAGGUCAGUGUACCUGGACACCGGUGUCAGUGGAAGUGUGUGAACCUGCCUGGCUCCCACCGCUGUAUCUGUCCCAGAGGCUACAAACUGUCCUCAGACAGACACCACUGCAGAGAUAUCAACGAGUGCAGCCGUAAGAAUGGUGGCUGCUCUCACCUGUGCCUGAACCAUAAAGGAAGUUACCAGUGUUCCUGUCCUGCCUCUCACCGCCUCUCCCCCUACAGUAGGAAGAAGUGUCAGCCCAGGAGAGAACAGCAGAGUAAUGUGUAGCAGAGAUCGUGUGGAGAUCAUUUAAAUAUACAUGUCAUUUAUUAUAUUGUUUCCACCAUCCCUCUGUUCGGCUCUUGAACAAUGACUUCUACUAUUGAAUCUACAUGUUGUCAGGCCUUACAUUUUUUUUUUUGUCAAAUCAUUACUGAGAACAGUAUAAAAACUAUUAAAAUAUUAUUGUCACAUCCAGAACAUAUCUGUAACAUUGAUAGAGGCUUGGACUGCAUAUUACAGACAUAUAGCUGAAGAGAAACCAGAAGAACACGUUAUUAGUUUAGGGAUUUAAUUGAUGGCAUUUAAAUAUAUUUCCCUCAAGUGAUUACAUGUUGUUUUACAAGGUAGUGUGAAUGAAUGAGUAAAAACAUAAUGAAAACAUGGUGGCAGACACUGUGAUAAUUGAUUAGUAGAAUUGAUCCCCUUCAAAAUGUCCUCAACUUGGUCCAUGUGUCAAAAUGUCCUCAACU